GCUGCGAAAGGUUCCGUGGACUGUUACCACUGUGACGUUGGAGAGCGACCUGAAGCACCGCCGCUGCUAUGACCGCUAUGACGCCGCCAAGAUAUGACUAUUAUGACAUCACCAGGCGGAAAUCGAAGGACCACCUUUUCGGACGCGGUAAACACACCAGUCGGAGGUUCCAAUGUACCAUAGUUACGGUGGCUAUACCAUAGUCACCAUAGUUUCGGUGGUUUCGGUGGCACCGCCUAGUCGAGUUUAGUACAGCUUCCGGGCAGCAGGGGAUUCAGUUGGCGCUGCGGACGCCCAUGGUUCUCCAGAACGGGGCCAACCGGGGCCAACCACUAUUGUGACGCAACGAGGCAACUACAAACUUUAAACCAAUCACGAGCGCUCAUCAGAGCCACGUGACUCGAAACGGUCACCAUUUUGUAGCGUUCCCCAACGGGCCGCUACUCGUUGUAGAUCGGUCAGAUAGGUUUGGUUACGGUUGUCUUUUCUACCGGGGCGUUUAACUGGUUUAACGCCAACGCCUUCGCUGCAUGAAACGUGAGAUUAUAUCCGAGUCUUCACUGCCUUCAUUACAAGCCCAUCCAAUGAGGCAGUGUGUUUUUUGCGGUUGCUCUGCGGUUCAACUUCUGUGACCCGAUGGUGUGGAAUGUUGCCCCCCAUCCCCUGCAGGAGGCUAUGCCCCUGCUUGCCGUGUCGACAACGCAAUGAUCGUUUGUGCCCGUUGAUACGUCGGACGGCCGCUUCGAAUCGGGGGACAUCGCCGACUCCGGUGUCAAAAGCAUUUUUCGCCGUGGAUUGACGAGGAGUUGCUGAGCAGCCGCCAUGCAUCAGACGCGGCGGCGCAAGAAACGCCCCAGCUACGGGGUGCGCACGGUGGAGCUGUCGCGGGGCAAGAAGGGCUUCGGCUUCACCAUCUCAGGCCAGGCGCCAUGCAUCUUGAGCUGCAUCGUGGCCGGCAGCCCGGCGGAGCGCGUGGGCCUACGGCCGGGCGACUUCCUAGUGGCGGUGAACGGCCGCAACGUGUCGCGGGCGGCCCACGACGACGUGGUGCGCCUCGUCGGCAGCUCGGUCCAGCUCCUCCAGCUCCAGAUUGCCGAGAACUACUGCUCGGACUCGUCGGAGGAGGACGAGGCCGCGCCGGAGCGGGGCCACCACGCACGGCCGCGCCACCGCCACGUGCCGCGACUGGCUGCACGCGACGCCGGCGGCCUCUUUCCUCCCGGCGCCUGCCAGGGCGACGGCAACAAGGCCCUGCUGGACCUGAUCCUGCAACAGAAGGGGCGCCGCCGCACGCCGCCCCGCGCCCACCCGACGGUCCGCACGGUGGUGGGCUACCUGGGCACCAUCGAGCUACCCCGGGAGGUGGCGGGCUCCCGCCUGCAGGCGAUCCGCAGCUGCGUGCGCCGCCUCCGCCUGGAGCAGAAGGUGCACACGCUCGCGCUGCUCUCGGUGCUCCGGGACGGCGUGGAGCUGGCGGACCUGCGAGGCGCCGCGCUGGCCCGCUUCCCGGCGGAGCGCAUCGCCUUCAGUGGCGCCUACGCCGACGACAGCCGCUUCCUGGGGCUGGUGACGCGGGGUGCGGACGGCGCCCUCUCGUGCCACGUCCUCAUGGUGGGCCUUCGCCUGCCGCCGGGCGGUCCCCGGGGGGCGCCACCGCACGAGUCGGCCGAGCCCAUCCUCCGGGCGGUGGCGGCGCUCUACCGGCGUCCGGAGGGAGGCCCCGACGCGUCGCCCCAGCCCAGCCGGGCCGGCAGCAGCAACAGCAGCAACAGCGACAGUGGCAUCGGCUUCAGGGAUGAAGGCAACGGGAGCGACCGGGUCCUGGUGGUAGACAUGGAACCACACCCGGAGGGUCCGGAGGGGGCGCUGCGGGCGGAGUCGGAGCGCCUGCGGGUGCGUGCCGUGCCGGACCCCGUGGAGGCCCCGGAGUGGGACGACCCAUGCCAGUCGUCCACCAGGGGCCAGGACGGGGGCUCCACUCCCCUCAGGAAUGAGAGCAGUUGCAGCAGCAGAAAAGAUUGGCCCAGGUCCUCCUCACUGCGCAGGCACCGGCGACGGAGUCGCCGUCGGCGCAACACUCGAGAGGCGGGCACGGUGUCCGACGGGGAGGUUCCCAGCGAAAAGCUGUCCAGCAGCGUGCAGAGCCUGGACCAAGCGAGCGACUCGAGCAGCUCGUGUGACCAACCUCGGGGCCGAGUGGGCCGCUGGCUGGUGGGCUUCGAAGGGCUCCUGCACGAUCCCUUGGGCCUCCUGGUGUUUGCGGAGUUUCUCAAGAAGGAGUUCAGCCAAGAGAACAUUUUCUUCUGGGUGGUGUGCGAGCAGUACCGGAAGAUGCUCAGCUGUGAUGAGCGCAAGAUGGCCGCCCAGGACAUCUACCAGAAGCACCUGGCCCCGGGAGCACCAGAGCCCGUGAAUGUGGACGGCCGGGUGCAGCAGGAGGUGCGCGAGGGCCUGGAGGAGGCAGCCCCGGACCUCUUUGUGACCGCCCAGAAGCAGAUCCUGAGCCUGAUGAAGUUCGACUGCUACCAGCGCUUCCUCAAGUCCGACCUGCUGAAGCAGUGCAUGAUGCGCGAGGUGCAGGGCCAGCCCGUGCUGCCCGAGCUGCAGGGGGGACAGGCGCCCAGCUGCAAGGAGGACAAGCGACGGCGUUCCUUCCUGCCCUGGCACAAGAACCUCAAGCUGGUAGGGAGCAGGCUGGGCGAGAGGGCCGCGUGGACCCGCAAGUCCAGGAGGAAGACGGCCCGCAAGGCGAGCCCAGACCUGGCCGGCAGCCGUUCCUCCCUGGCAAGCAGCGAGGCGAGCUUGGGGCUACUCUGCUCUGCUUCACGCGAGUCCCUGACGGGUGGCCAGGACCGGUGCGUGCUGAGCCGGAUCGUGCUCCCCGACGGGUCAUCAACGGUGGUGCGCAUGCACCGGGGCGAAACAGUGGGUGCCACGCUGACGCCGCUGCUGCACAAGCGGUCCCUCAACUACUCGGCAGUGGACGUCUUCGUGGCCGGCUCGGACAAGCCCCUCAGCCCCGGCGUGGACGUCUCCCUGGUGGGCUGCAAGGAGAUACGGGUCGAGCCGCGGGUGGUCUUCUGCGUCGUGCUGCCCAACAGCAAGCUGCUCGGGGUGAAGGCCCCGCCACGGCGCUCGUGCGGGGACGUGCUGCGCCCGGUGCUGGCCAAGUAUGGCGUGCAGCUGGACCACGUCACCCUGAGAACAUUUCCCAUCGAGAGGUUCGCCCCGAAGGCCGUGUCGGCGGGCACUCCCGUGGGCGACGUGGACAACCAGCACGUCCUGGUGCAGUUCAAGGAAAACGGCUCAGAAAACCGGGGUGCCUUGCCGCUCCAACUCCUGCCCCGCGGAGAGCCCGUGGUGCGCCGGUUUCUGGACGCCAUUCACGACGGCAAGGUGCAUUUCGACGAGCUGGGGGUCACGGACCUGGACAUCCUCUUUCCUCCGGUGGUGGAGGUACGUGCCGAAGGGCGCGGCGUGCUGCUGCCCUGCCGCGGAGCCCCGUCGUCUCUGGAGAAGAGCCCCCUGGCAGAGCGCGCGGCUCGGAAGGACGCCGGCCCCAAACCCCGAGACGAUGGCCCCGACCCGUGCGCGUCGCCCCCGCCGCUGCCUCCCAAGGCCAAGCAGCGGGGCCCGCCCCCCCGGCCCCCCUCGCGGCCCCUGGGGGGCUACCCCUCGGAUGACGACGACCUCUGCCUCGUCGGGGAGCCGCAGCGCCCGGCCAAGCUCGUGGACAAGACCAGGGCGUCGAGUCACGACUGCAGCAUCAGCUUCGUCUGAGGGGACGGUGGAGGGCGAGGGGUAUGAGAGACUAAAGUCACUGGAUCACGGAAGAGUAGCGCCAAGUUCCCCUUGCGGUCGCAUUUCGGACUAUGGAACGAGCAGUUUUUCUUGGACCUCUCCAUUCUUUGCGAGCUGAUCCGAAUUCCUGGCGACAGGUUGUUUUAUAAAGACCUUUUUUGUGUACAGAGAUUUUGUAAGUCGCACACUGGCGAAACAAGUGCACAUCUUCGUAACCGUCACCACAUGCGAGCUCAGCGGCAUUGAGAAAUAAUUUUCCUGUCUCGAAAUAUGGAAGAAAUCUGUGGAGAUUAGCAUGAUUGAUGAGUUGAUUGCAUACACAAUACUAAAGAGGCUUUUAUAGGUGCAGAAAGCUUUCAGUAUGACGACGCUUCGUAGCUUGGCUUGACCGGUCCAGGACUACUCCGAAAUAGCUAUUGACAUGCAGGAGAAACCGAUCAGCGAAUCGCUUGAGAGUUUUUGAUCGUCCGUAUGUUAGAAUCUGUUCCGGUCCAUUUAACGGGCAGGGAAGGCAAGGGCGCUACUUUCCGAGGAUCCAGUGACCUUAAGAGAGGCUACAACAUUGGCGUCGCAAAGUAUGCGAGCAUGCGACUGCUACACAGUUCUGAAGAACGGCUGUGUGCGGGGGAAUGCCACCAUUGCCCGUCAGGAACGUCGGAAACCUCCAGAAAGUCAGGUCUAGCCGCGCUUUUCACGUUGGAACCUGCCUUACCGACCACUAAAGCCACGAGUCUUCGGGAGCGUGGCGUAGGCGACAGAAGUGGCAUUUCAGCAAAGAGGCACUCGUAAAGUUGCGAACAAAAGGGAGAGGAAUACCGUGUCAAUGCCUUUGUCUUAAAGGCCGACCAGCAAGCGGAAAGGAGGAAGCUCUCCUUUGCCAACCCUCGCAAUUUUUCUGGCAACGAGAAAGAUAGGAAAAAAAAAAAAAUCAAACUUCUUUUUUACUUUGUUGUUCAGGAUUAGAAAACAUUUGUCCAGGGGCCGGUUGGCAAUCCCCCGCCUAGAAAUGCAGAAGCCACUUUUUUUUUUCUUCACUGACCCCCCCCUGACGCUACCCCUUCCCUUUGACCCUGUGACUCGAAAAGCACCCUAUUCUCCGCUCAACCCUAAGCCAAUGACACGGUAACAGUUAGGUGUUGGUCGGACUAGUCCUACGCCUAUCUUUUGCCACGCGAUUACGCGUGGCAAAAGAGUGGGGUCCACGCGAUUACGCGUGGACCCCACUCCCAGAGAGCGGGGUCAAGCGACGAAGGGGAAACGGUUGAUUGGGCCGGCAAGGAUGUAGCUGCCACCGCAUUGUCGGCCUCGGGCUGAACAUAGUAUAAACUUAAAACUUGGGGAUCGGGGGUAGAUUAGAGUAGACUAACAUAGAACUUGGAAGGGUCACAACUUACAGCGUGCUUGGCGUGCGAAAAGGACGUAAAAGGGUGAGGAGAACACGAAAAAAGGGGAAGCUUGUGCCGGGAAGGAAUUUUUGUGCGUCGGGCUUUAAAGGGAUACUGCGACGAAAUUGUAGGACCUGUUUCAUUGUCUAAAUGUCGACCACUUUCCGGCCACACCACGGAGAUACCAGGUUUUUUUUUGUCGUUACGUUUCCCUAAGCUUAAGCAGCGCCGAUCCGCAAAAUAAGGCGGUGAGCUGUGUGCGCACUUUUCUACUUGCCUAUUCAACUCCUGCAGGGAGCGGGGAGGGGCAGCCAAGGUCGCGACGUGUUGACAACACCAAGUGGCGGGACUCGUGGCCACACCAGCCCCCGAGAAGCUUUGCCUGCGCUGGGCCACUUGUUGUCGCAUCCCCCGGGUGCAUCGCACUCUCGGACGGUCGAUCUUUGAGCGCUCGCUGGAAGCAGUUCUUUGGAACCAAAAAUAUAGCCAUUCAUUCGAAACACAAGCAAGCGAUCGUCACUAGCAGAUAGAAGUGAUUGUGUUUAACUUAUUUCCGAAUGCGAGAGGUGUAUAUUUUAGGUUUCGGUUCAGUAUCCCUUUAAGGAUUGUGGAGUGUUUGUGGAUUUGAGUGUUACGAAACGACCGUCGUGCAGUCUGACAUGAGCACGCCGGAACGUCGGGUUAAUAAGCCCGAAGCCCAGUUUCUGCCAUGAAAUGUGAAAAACUUAACGGGGCCAUGUUUUAUCCUUUUUUUUUAAAUGUUUUGCAACUUGAUUGUAGUGCACCUUUGGCCCUAAACCGCGAUUCUUCUGACUCCAAAGCAUGAAAAUCAACUGCAGCUAUAGCAUUGCUUGUGCAUUGCCGCUAAUUUUCGAGAAGGAAACUCCUCAAGGAGCUGUGGUCUUUGUUGCUUGUUGGCACCCCCUGGUAGCAAUACCUAGGAGGAACCUGUGUUUGCCUGGAGGGAUUUCUUCUGUGCCUCCUCGGCACUUGCACGCGCACAUUUUACAUACAACUCCCCUCUGCGAGCGACAAAGCCUGCUCGUCCAUUCUAGUUUCCUUCGAAGGCAAGGAUGCCCCAUCUAGCCAUUCGGCACUUCUGCAACUCCCACUCAUUUACUUCGAGCUGCUGCGAAGCGCUGGCAACGUGCCCGACAAGGGGCGAUUGUGCGUCCCGUCUUCCCAUUCUCCGAUGCAAGAGCCAUUAGUGUGAGCGUGUUUGUAAAUGUUUCCACGAGUUGGUCGCUGCCAGUUUGGGCAACCUGCACGCUACCAUUUGCUGGGAGUGUGCAGUGGCUGCACAGUGCUCCGUUUGGAGGAGCGCAUAGAAGAGCCAUGGUGUCCCCUUCCUUUUCUGUCACGCUUUAUGUGCAAUGCUUCAUGUGUGAAGAAAAGCCCCUCUUUUACUCGAAACUUGACAAACUCAAAGUGGUGAUGCAUCUUUUGCCUGGACCGUGAAAUGGCUCUACGUGAGAGCGACUUCAACGUUUUUCGUACGGUUGUUUAUACAGGCAACCACCCAAGUGCCGGGGGGAAGGGUGCCAUUGUGCUCUCCAGCAUAAGAAAAAGAUGGUACUGCAUUAGCAGAGAAAGAGAGGUAGUAUAUACGAGUACUGCCGGUCCCUACAGAGGAUGGCUCUUGGUGUACUUUGGGCAAGAGGUGUCUGGAGGUACUUGCAUCACCUGUCGCAACUGUCCAUUCUACUUGUGGAGCGAAGCUUUUUUUGAGUGGAGGGUCUGUUAUUGACAUUAGUGCCAACAAUGCCCGUGUAAAUUAUUUUGCAAGUGGAUUCACAGGAAGUGGUGCUUGCAAAUUGUACAGUUUGUUAGUAGUUGCAUUGUGUACAUACGAGGGGAAAGUAUUUAAAUAAAUUGAUUCUUAACAAGAGA